AUGCUACCAGCAAACUCGAAUCAACAAUCACAGGGUUCUUCAUCGGGAUGGGGUGUUUCGUCGCUCGGAUCGCAGACACCCGGCACAUCAAGAGCUUCUGAAAUCGUCUCCUCCGGCAGUUUUUCGGCUCAAUACCCGCCAAUUCAACAACAUCACCUCCACAUGCAACCACCCACUCAUCACCCCGAUCAACAGAAUUAUAUGAUUGGCGAACUCGGCACAUCGAGUGGCCCUUUCAUCUCCGAUCAAUCACAACCAACCGGCGCCAUUGGAAGCGAGGAUAAACGGAAAGAGAUUUAUGGCUACGAUGCCCCUUUUCCGCUGUUCUCUUCUUGUUGGAGUCCAUCGAUGGAUCCGCAUAAACGAUUUCGUUUAGCUGUCAGCUCCUUCAUUGAAGAGUACAGUAAUAAGGUAUCGAUAGUUCAAUUGGAUGAGAGUUGCUCGGAACUGAUGCUUCGAUCCACUUUCGAUCACCCGUAUCCGGCCACCAAACUACUGUGGAUCCCCGACUCGAAAGGGACUUUCCCCGAUCUUCUCGCCACUUCCGGAGAUUAUUUGAGAUUAUGGAGGUUGGGAAGCGAUGAUGGAGCCACUCUCGAAGCUCUCCUAAAUACAAAUCGAACAGCUGAAUACUGUGCUCCUUUGACAAGCUUUGAUUGGAAUGAGAUUGAUUUGAAUUUGAUCGGAACAAGCAGCAUCGACACAACGUGCACCGUUUGGCAGCUAGAGACAGGUCAAGUGAUCGGUCAGACGAGAAAUGGACGAGUCGAUGGAUCGGUUAGGACACAGUUGAUCGCUCACGACAGUGAGGUAUUUGACAUUGCGUUUAGUCGACACAGCAAAGAUGUUUUCGCGUCAGUUGGUAACGAUGGCUCGGUGCGAAUGUUCGACUUGAGACACCUCGAUCACUCGACAAUCAUUUAUGAGGAUGCGGGGAAACAACCACUCCUACGAAUCGGCUGGAACAAACAGGACAACAACUAUCUGUGCACGUUUGCCAAGGACUCUUCAGAGGUUGUCUGUGUGGAUACCCGUGUCCCUUGCACUCCGGUGGCUCGUCUCAGAAAUCAUCGAGCCCCAGUGAAUGGAAUCUCGUGGGCACCUCACUCAAGUUGUCAUCUAUGUACGGCUGGUGACGAUUCGCAAGCCUUGAUCUGGGACAUUCACGAGCUUCCCCGACCCGUCGACGACCCGAUUUUGGCCUAUCAAGCAGCGGCUGAGGUAAACCAAGUGCAUUGGUCAGCGGCAUUCCCCGAUUGGAUCAGCAUCUGUUAUAAUAAUCGCCUUGAAAUUCUUCGCGUA